GGGGUGCAGCCGGCCUGCUCCGAGCUCCCCUGCAGAUGGAGGAGGCCAUCCUGGUCCCCUGCGUGCUGGGGCUCCUGCUGCUGCCCAUCCUGGCCAUGUUGAUGGCACUGUGUGUGCACUGCCACAGACUGCCAGGCUCCUACGACAGCACAUCCUCAGAUAGUUUGUAUCCAAGGGGCAUCCAGUUCAAACGGCCUCACACGGUUGCCCCCUGGCCACCUGCCUACCCGCCUGUCACCUCCUACCCACCCCUGAGCCAGCCAGACCUGCUCCCCAUCCCAAGAUCCCCGCAGCCCCUCGGGGGCUCCCACCGGACGCCAUCUUCCCGGCGGGAUUCUGAUGGUGCCAACAGUGUGGCGAGCUACGAGAACGAGGGUGCGUCUGGGAUCCGAGGUGCCCAGGCUGGGCAGGGAGUCUGGGGUCCGUCCUGGACUAGGCUGACCCCUGUGUCGUUACCCCCAGAACCAGCCUGUGAGGAUGCGGAUGAGGAUGAGGAUGACUAUCACAACCCGGGCUACCUGGUGGUGCUUCCUGACAGCACCCCGGCCACUAGCACUGCUGCCCCAUCAGCUCCUGCACUCAGCACCCCUGGCAUCCGAGACAGUGCCUUCUCCAUGGAGUCCAUUGAUGAUUACGUGAAUGUUCCGGAGAGUGGGGAGAGCGCAGAAGCGUCUCUGGAUGGCAGCCGGGAGUAUGUGAAUGUGUCCCAGGAACUGCAUCCUGGAGCGGCUAAGACUGAGCCUGCCGCCCUGAGUUCCCAGGAGGCAGAGGAAGUGGAGGAAGAGGGGGCUCCAGAUUACGAGAAUCUGCAGGAGCUGAACUGAGGGCCUGUGGAGGCCAAGUCUGUCCUGGAACCAGGCUUGCCUGGGACGGCUGAGCUGGGCAGCUGGAAGUGGCUCUGGGGUCCUCACAUGGCGUCCUGCCCUUGCUCCAGCCUGACAACAGCCUGAGAAAUCCCCCUGUAACUUAUUAUCACUUUGGGGUUCGGCCUGUGUCCCCCGAAUGCUCUGCACCUUCUGACGCAGCCGGAGAAUGACCUGCCCUGGCCCCAGCCCUACUCUGUGUAAUAGAAUAAAGGCCUGCGUGUGUCUGUG